AUGAGAUCCGCCUACACUAUUUUGGCUGACGACUCAGCCAUCGAGAAACCGCUUUUGGACGACCGCAGUUAUAGAUUUAUCAAGCUAGACUCUAAUGACUUACAUGUAUUGUUAAUCAGUGAUCCAUCUACAGAUCGUUCUGCUGCCUCUUUGGAUGUCCAUGUUGGUUCUUUUGCCGAUAAGGAAUACAACGUGUCAGGGUUGGCACACUUCUGUGAACAUCUCUUGUUCAUGGGUACCUCGAAAUACCCCGAGGAAAACGAGUACCUGAGCUAUUUAUCCAAACAUUCCGGUCACUCAAACGCUUACACGGCUGCUGAACAUACAAACUAUUUCUUUGAAGUGAGCUCAGACUACCUAGAGGGAGCUUUGGAUAGAUUUGCCCAGUUUUUCAUCGACCCGUUGUUCAGCAAAAGCUGCAAGGACAGAGAAAUCAGAGCUGUCGACUCAGAGAACAAAAAGAAUUUGCAAAAUGACAUGUGGAGAUUUUAUCAGCUUGAUAAGCUGACCAGUAACCCUAAGCAUCCUUAUAACGGGUUCUCCACAGGUAACUACAAGACUUUACACGAAGAGCCGGUCAGCCGAGGCGUCAAUGUCCGUGAUGUCUUGCUUGACUUCUACAAGGACCAUUACUCUUCCAACAUUAUGAGUUUGGUUGUGUUGGGCAAGGAUUCUCUUGAUGACCUCAACUAUUGGGCCAUCACCAAGUUCUCCGACGUUCCCAACGCCAACCUUUCUAGACCUUCAUACCAAGGCCAACUAAUUUAUACCCCUGAAAAUAUGGGCAAGCUUUUGAAGGCAAAGCCCAUUAUGGAUUCCAACAAAUUAGAGCUCACAUUCAUGAUCCCAGACGACCAGGAACACAACUGGGACAGAAGACCAGGAAGUUAUUACUCUCAUCUUAUUGGCCAUGAGAGUAAGGGAUCCAUCUUGUACUACUUACAAAAGAAGAACUGGGUGAACGAGCUUUCAGCCGGAAAUAUGAAAGUGUGCGACGGUUGUUCCUUGUUUUCCAUGGAACUUGACUUGACUCCACUGGGUUUGGAAAACUGGCAAGAAAUUGUUGUGCAUGUCUUUGAAUACUUGAAAAUGAUCCAAUCACAAGACCCACCAGAGUGGUUAUGGAAGGAGCUAAGCGAUAUGUCUAAGAUCAACUUCAGAUUCAAACAGAAAGAGAGAACUUCCAACACUGUGUCGAAGUUGAGUAGUUCUUUGUUCAAGUUUAAGGAAGACUAUUACAUUCCUCCUGAAAGGUUGUUGAACUGUACUGUUUUGAGAGACUUCGAUGCCGAGGAAAUCAAAAAGUACGGCCGUCAUUUGAACCCUUCAAACUUGAGAAUCUCGUUAUCUUCUCAGCAUUUGGAUGACCUUCCAAACACAGAAAAAUGGUAUGGUACUGAGUAUGCUUACGAAGACAUUCCUUCAGAACUUAUGGAUGCUUUGAAGUCAGCUACUGUCAACCCAGAAUUGCACCUUCCCGCACCAAACAAGUUUAUUCCAGAAGACUUUACAGUUAAGGGCGAGAAGCUGGAGAAAGCAUUGGCUCAUCCUUGGUUAAUAACCGACACUCCUAAAUUCGAGGUUUGGUUCAAGCAAGAUGAUCGCUUCAGAAUUCCAAAGGGCUCCAUCAGUCUUGUCGUUCAUGCACCUCCGUUAGGUGAGACGAUAGAAUCCUCGGUCUUGGGUUUGCUUUUGGGUGAAUUGAUGGAAGACGAAUUCAAUGAGAUGAAUUACUUUGCUGAACUCGUGGGCUUGAACUUCUCCCUUCUGCAGUUCAGAGAUUCGUUCUCGAUCAAGGCCAGCGGCUACAAUGACAAGCUCCCUGCUUUCCUUGUUGAGGUGUUAAACAAGUUUGUUAACUUCGAGCCUAAACUGGACAGAUUCGAGUCAAUCAAGUAUAAAAUUACUCAGGAUCUCAAGAACUCAGGAUAUGAUAUUCCAUACGCUCAGAUCGGUACACAUUUCUUGCAGUUGUUGAACGAGAAUACAUACCCUGAUCCUGAAAAGGUUAAGGUUCUCGAGAAGGUCACUUUCGACGACUUGCUCAAAUUCACAAAAGAACAAUUGUGGACUAAGGGAGUAUUUGUCCAAGCUUUGAUUCACGGUAACUUUGAAUACUCAACUGCAAAGAAGGUGAGUCAAGAUCUUGAAGAUGCAUUCAACAACAGAGAGCAAAUCGCCGAGACAAAGGCAGCUGUGGACGACAUCGUUAGAUUCCAGAGUGUUAAACUUGAUGUUGGUGAGAACGUCAGAUACGAGUUGCCCUUACAGGACCCUUCAAAUGUCAAUUCAUGUUUGGAAUACUUUAUUCAGGUGGGCAAGGUUGAGAAGGAUAAUGCCCGUUUGAGAGUCCUUACUGACUUGUUAGCGACGAUGCUCCACGAGCCUUGUUUCAACCAGUUGCGUACUAAGGAGCAGCUCGGUUACGUCGUAUUUUCUGGUUACAGACUGACAAGAUCGUACUUUGGUCUCAGAGUACUUGUCCAGUCUGAAAGACCAUGCGACUACCUUCAGUACAGAGUGGAAAGAUUCUUGGAGAUGUUCAAGGAACAGAAGCUUGGCUCUGCCCUUACCGAUGAAGUCUUCACCAAAUACAAGCAAUCUUUGAAGAACAUGAAAUUGGCUAAGUUGAAGAAUCUUGGAGAAGAGACUUCUCUUUACUGGAAUGCCAUCAACAACGGCUUCUACGAUUUCCAACAGAAGACUAACGAUGUGGAGAUCUUGGAGACCAUCACUCAGCAAGAGCUCGUCGACUUUUUCAACGAUUACUUCGAUGUUAGCGGAAGCAGCAAGUCUGCCCACUUAACAGUAUGCUUGAACCUGAGAAAGACGCCAGUAUUUGACGAUAAGAAGAACUUCAUUACUGCUGUUCACAACUUCAUUUACGAAACCCGCCUGUCUGUUCCUACGGAGCUGAUUGAUAAGAUCGUCGAGGAGAAGGGAAUCGACAUCAAUGCUGUCGCUGAAGCCGUAUGCGGAACGCAGGGUGACAAGAGCAAAUUCGUUAAAGAGAUCGAAGAAAGAACCAAGAACCCUACACCAACUUCGUAUCCUAAGGGCAAGCUUGAGGAGGACACUUACCACUUCAAGGAAUCUCAUCCUCGUGGUGGUGCACCAACACCCGUUUUGCCUUUGAGCAAGUACUACUACCCACACGAAGAGGCUCACCUCUAG